AUGACCACUGGAAACACCAGAAAGGUCAACUGGAUCCCGCAGCUGGGCCACGGUAGUGGCCCACUUCGGCGCAAGCCAGCCGUGGUGAACGGGGGAUCCAGUGGGCCAGAAGACCUGGAAGAUCUUGUGAGUCGAGUGUCAGGCCUCAGAGUUACGAAUAUAGGUCAAGCCAAAGGUGGACUGUCAUGGGUAGCCGAGGAUAUUCCCACCGUCAGCGUUAAAGCAAAAAACGAGGUGGCUCCUCGGGUAUUACGCCCGAGGACUCUGAUGUUAUAG